GCAUUACUUGACUCGAAAUGGAAACGCUCGAUGCGGCCGGGGCCCCCCUGCUCCCCGCUCGAAAAUGCGGUGGGAGACGCGCGAUUUUUACCGAAAAGUCGAGAAUGUGCUCCUCACCCCUUCUCUUUCCACACGGCCGCCACGAGCGCCUUGGAGUGAAGGGGUCUUUAGAACUGUGAGCAAUUUGUCAAAAAUUUAUGUGCAAAGUCACGAAUUAGCUCGUUUAUGGAAAAGGGGAGAAGUGCUAGUGUCCAUAACCUUGGUCCCAUCAUGAGCGCAUUUAUUUUAUUUGAAGUAUCCGUCCUGUCAGUAUAAGGUAGAAUUUUCUGGACAGUGCGACUGACACCAACUUUUACACCUACAGUUACUGAAGAAUAAACGGUAUUCGCGUGUUUAGAGAGACCAUGACAAGUCGAUUGAACAUAUCUGGUAGAGACGCCGCGAGACACGGCGACAAUUCUGUCGAUGCGCACUCGAGCAGCGGCGCAGGACAGCAUCAGCUGCACAAGCGGGAGACAGCCUCUAAGACGGCCAACACGGUCGUUUCUCUGAUUCAGCAGCUGAGCGAUGGCAUCCCGCCGAGCAACGGUCAGCUGCUCAACUUCUUGGACCACACCGGCGAGGGCUUGGAAAGGGCGGAAUGCGACGCGAAAUUGAACAAGAAAGGCAAGAGGUUCAUCAGGGACUCAGAAAAUCUGGUUUCAACGACAAAAAAACUGAUCAACGAAAAAAACAAUGACGAGCUGGCUCAGGCGCUACUUAUAGACAUUGCAGCGGCGUCCAUCGCCGCGAAGAAGCAGUCAGAAAAAAACUCGAUUGACUCGAGCAACAUGAAGAUGAACAAGACAGUACUAUGGAGGACCGGUCAGUCGCUGUUCAACAUCUUCUCCCUGAUUUACACGUCAAAUUCGUUCAAAGAAAUGAUCUUCUACGCCCUAGACGCGACCGACCAGGCGCUGGCACCCGCCACGUCGCCGCCCGACGAGUCUGUCCAGCGGGGUGAGACGAACGAGCAGGCGCAACGUCGCCCAGAAGGGGAGGAGGGGGAGCAACACCGUUCAGAAGGGGAGGACGCCCAGUCCCACUCGGACGAAAACCGCGAGUCCCUGCGAGCCGCCGACCAAGAAAACGCAGAAAAGGAUACCGUUAAGAGAGGGGAAAACCAGAACUCCAUGUUUCGCCCUUUCAUCAAGUCUUACUUCAACAACAACAACAGCUCGGUCAGUCUGCUCGCCAAGGAAAACUUCCGAAAAUUCCGACACAUGCUCAUCAUGUUCCUGAAAGGAGACACCUCCAACGUUGACAGCAAAACGAUAGAAAACAUCCACUACCACUUUAGCAAGUUCCUGCAAGAAAUCAGCCAACACCCCAAGUACCGCAAUGGAAUCAACGACAUACUCUACCUGUUCGAAAUCAUCAAGAUGGACGCACUGUUCUCGGCGCGACAAGUCAACCACAUGAAAAAGAACGCUCAAGAGGACCGAUCUGUCAUCAAAAUCAGGCGAGAAAUCCGGUACAUGUUGGAGCGCUUCAUCGACGGGAAGACUCUGAGCGCGCUGUCCGCGAGCGCAAAUCUGUUGAUGGAGCAGAUGUCGAAGGACCAGCAGAUGACCAACUUCCUGCCGGGCCUGGCGAGUCUAACCAAGAAAGUCGCCAAUUCGCCGAAUUUGCUGGACGACGAGAACGUACGAAACGAAUUCAAGCAACACAUCAGCACCUCGCGCGAUUUCUAUCGGCGCUACUCCAACAACGAGCAGUUCAAGAGAUUCACCAACGAACUCUCAAAUGCCAUCACUCAAAUCUCCAGCGAUGCGCUGUUGCAGGAGUGGUAUCAAAACGCCUUCAGGGUUUCUCGCUCGCUCAUGUACACGGACAUGAACGGAAGGUCGCACAUUGAGAAGGACAUCUUGAGACAGAUGAAGCAGAUUCUGCUCCCACUGAUCGCCGAGCAGCUGAAGUACGUGGCCAUUCCCACGAUAAGUGGGUCCGACAAGAAGAUGGACUGGACGCUCUCGCAAAUUGUCUUUUCUGGGUACGACAUGCUUCCUGAGCGCGUCAAAGUGAGUACGAACUUCCGGUUCGGCACGGACAUCAAGGGUCCCAUCGUCCGAUCCUCGCUGCGUGCGGCCAUGCCGGAAAAGGAGGAGAUGGACCCAGGCGAGUACAGGUUCAGGAAGGGGUACCACGGCUCGAGCGGCGGCUAUCACCCAGUGAACGUCAGAGACACGCCAUCGAGCUCUCAAAACGGCGGUGUGUUGAUUUUCGACAUUGAACAAAUUCGAGCGAACAUUCAGGAUGCAGCGUUCGUGUACCGACGAAAAGUGUUCCCGUACAUGGUCGACCAGGGCCUCGCGAGCGUUGGUCUGAGGGGGAAGGGUGCCAGCAUACGAAUUCUGCUCGACUUGAACGCCAGCGACGCCGCCGACAGCCUGCUGUUCACCGGCGGCUCUGUACGCGUCCUGAUCGACUCGCUGAAAAUGAGGGUGAUUCAAUCGAAGCACGACCGACUCUAUGGCAUCAUAUUCGCGCUGUUUAGCAGCAUGAUCCGAAAGCAGGUCGAAUACCAGCUUUCUCAAAAAAUUAGCGACGUAAUUGGUACUGGGAUUGGAAACGUCAACCGAAGGUAUAGCAAGAUUCCGAAGGCUAACGUCAGAAGAGCUCUAUUCAAAGCUAUCGAAAAAGCGUUUUAGUUGAUGUUUUUGCAAAUUUUUGUGUUCGUCACAAAACCGUAUUGAAAGGCAAGGACUAGAAGAGACAGGUACCUUGCUGCUGCAGAUGGAAUAAAGCUCUAUAGGUGGGGCGUCAUUGUACGAGUCUCACAAAUUAAAGCAAGAAGGGAGGAGGACAGGUUUUUUUGCACGAAA